GCGUCGAGCUCCUGCGUCAGACUUUACGCACCAUGCGCCCCGUGUGACUGGAGGCUGCGCGUGGCUUCACAUCCAAAGAUGCUGCAGGCGAGCGCUGCGCCUGAAUGAACUCUGGAUCCGUCCGCUCUGCACAUUACAAGACUUAAGAAAAAGCACCAUUUUUUCCAUCUUGCCAUCUUCCGAGCCCUCACUCCACUGAUCAUUCUUCUGUUGCACGCCAUCUUCUUCUGGCCCCUCGUUGACCCUCCCCGCAGACCUCUGAAGGAGCUGCAGUGUGUCAGCAGCCAUGCCAAAGAACACCAAGGUGACGCAGCGAGAGCACAGCAAUGAGCCGGUCACCGAGUCCGUGGCUGACCUUCUGUCCCUGGAGCAUCCCAUGGACUAUAAGAGCAGCCAGAUGAGUAUGGGUCUCAGCCCUGGAUCUACAGCCCCGGGAAAGUCUCUGCUGCCCGAUCAGGAAGCAGAGGACGGUCGGCCCGCGUGGAACAAUAAGCUGGAGUACAUCCUCGCCCAGGUGGGCUUCUCUGUGGGUCUGGGAAACGUUUGGAGGUUUCCCUACUUGUGCCAGAAGAACGGUGGAGGUGCAUACCUGGUGCCCUACUUCAUCCUCCUCCUCCUCAUCGGCAUCCCGUUGUUCUUCCUGGAGCUGGCAGUGGGUCAGAGGAUCAGGAGGGGCAGCAUCGGGGUGUGGAACUAUGUCUACCCUCAGCUGGGGGGCAUCGGCGUUUCCAGCUUGAUGGUGUGCGGUUUUGUUGGCCUCUAUUAUAACGUAAUUAUCGGCUGGAGCAUCUUCUAUUUCUUCCAGUCUUUUCAGUAUCCUCUCCCCUGGGCUGAGUGCCCCAUCAAGAGAAAUGGAACCCAAGCCAUUGUGGAACCAGAAUGUGAGAAAAGCUCUGCCACCACCUACUUCUGGUACCGUCAGACGCUUAACAUCACCAGCACCAUCGACGACACCGGCGGCCUGAACUGGAAGAUGACUCUGUCCCUGCUGGUGGCCUGGAUCCUGGUCUGCCUGGCAGUCAUUAAAGGCAUCCAGUCCUCUGGGAAGGUGAUGUACUUCAGCUCCCUCUUCCCGUAUGUGGUGCUGUUCUGUUUCCUGGUCCGAGGCUUGCUGCUGAAGGGAGCAGUGGACGGCAUCGCUCACAUGUUCACCCCCAAGCUGGAGAAGAUGCUGGAGCCGCAGGUGUGGAGAGAAGCAGCCACGCAGGUCUUCUUCGCCCUCGGUCUGGGCUUCGGAGGCGUCAUUGCAUUCUCCAGCUACAACAAGAGAGACAACAACUGUCAUUUUGACGCCGCACUGGUUUCCAUCAUUAACUUCGUCACCUCCAUCUUGGCCACCUUGGUGGUGUUCGCUGUCCUGGGCUUCAAAGCGAACAUCAUGAAUGAGAAAUGUGUUGUUGAGAAUGCAGAGAAGAUUCUGGGUUACCUGAACACAGGUGUGCUGAGCAGAGAGCUGAUUCCUCCUCACAUCAACUUCUCCCACCUGUCGGCUCAGGACUACAGCGAAAUGUACGGAGUCAUCGAAACCGUGAAGGAGGACAGCUUCAGCCAGCUGGGCUUGGACGCCUGUAUCCUGGAGGAUGAGCUGAAUAAGGCAGUUCAGGGCACCGGAUUGGCCUUUAUUGCUUUCACAGAGGCCAUGACCCACUUCCCUGCCAGUCCCUUCUGGUCCGUCAUGUUCUUCUUCAUGCUGAUCAACUUGGGCCUAGGAAGCAUGAUCGGAACCAUGACCGGCAUCACCACACCCAUACUGGACGCUUUCAAGGUCCGCAAGGAGAUCCUGUGUGUGGUCUGCUGUAUUAUAGCCUUCUUCUUAGGCUUGCUGUUCGUGCAGCGUUCAGGGAACUAUUUCGUCACCAUGUUUGAUGAUUACUCCGCUGGUUUGCCCCUCACGGUGGUGGUAAUCCUGGAGAACAUCUCUGUGGCCUGGAUCUACGGCACCAAGAGGUUCAUGCAGGAUCUGGAGGAUAUGCUUGGUUUCAGGCCGUACUCCUUCUAUUUCUACAUGUGGAAAUACGUGUCGCCUGCUAUCUUAGUGGUGCUCAUCACUGCCACUGUCAUCGAGAUGGCUGUCAGUCCUGCAGGAUACAACGCCUGGGUGGAAGAGGAGGGCUCAGAGCGUUUCCACAGCUACCCCCCCUGGGCUUUAGCCAUGGCGUACGCCCUCAUCGUGGUUGCCAUGCUACCUCUGCCCAUGGUCUUCAUCGCCCGCCACUUCAACCUCAUCUCAGACGGCUCCAACAAAUUGUCUGUCUCCUACCGCAAAGGCAUGAUGAAGGACAUCUCCAACCUGGAGGAGCAGGACGAGCAGCGCUUCAUCCUCGGCAAGAACCCCAGCGAGACUCCUUCCCCCAUGCCUGCCCACCGCGCUUACCUGGGGCCCGGCGGCACCCAGGAGAUGACCAACACCAACUAUGGCACCAGCACCAAGACGGGGUACCAGAACAUUGGCUCGCCCGAGUCUGAGCUAUGAUCCACUGAGCUCAUGGAUCUCAAACACCCCCCAAGGCUGAAGGGAGGAAGACAGACGACGUAAAGAGGGAGAGAAAAUGGCUUGCAGCAUUCCUCACACCUUAACCUCCAGAGCUAAAAUCUUUUUGUCCCCCUGUUUCUGCUCCAUCACACACACUUCUUUCCCCUUUUUCUUCUCAUAAAACUCUCUCUGCUGACUGUGAGUAAAUCCCUCCAUUGAGGAAGGGAUGGUUUUCCAUCUUCUCAAGGUGGCAGAGACAGAGGGACAAAGACGGGAACCAAAAGAUAGAGUCUAGAACGGUUCUUUAUAGAUUUAGAUCAUAAACUCAGAGGUUAAGGGAUGUCCAAUGCUAAAAGCUUGUGUUGUACUGAGCUGUAAUUCUGUGUGUUAACCAGUUUGUGCUUUUUCUGGUUCAUUGGAGAGGAUUGUUAAUUUUGGGAAUAGAAUAGAAGGAAGCUCAAAAACAUAAAACACUUGCCUUUAUUGGAUUGCUAUGAGAACAUUUCUCAUGUCAAAGAAAUAAAGGCUUACAAAUGCAUCCAUAACAGUAUGUCAGCAACUCUUGUGGCAUUACAAGCACAUUAUAUCUUUGAGUUUAUUGUGCCUAUCGUGCAUCAGCAAUAAUAGUAAAUAUUCAGUCCUCGUAAAAACAACAAAUCUCCUUCUAUCUCUAUUUCCCUGCAAAUGUACAUUAGAAACGUUUCUAUAUAGAGUAUAUGUUGUGCAAUAGUCUCGAACAUCACCUUAAGUCAUGCGUACACUGCAGUAAUGCUGAAUAAGGAGUAGCUUUGUCCUCAUUUCAACACCGAAGCACAGACACCUGCCAUCUAUAGAGCAUCACUGAGCCUUAAAAUGGAAAAACGUUUGUCUUUUAAACAACCUUCCUCCUCAAUAAGUACAGCUAUAGAGUUGUUGCCCUCAGCGAUGCAUAUAUUGAGUGCACAGUGGGCCGAGACGAAGAUUUUCAUUUCAAUCAGUCUAUUUUAAUGAAUGCUUUAAAAGAAUAGAAACAGUUGAUGUUGGAUCGGAGAGGCACGUUUGGUAGAAGAAAGGUUCACUCUUUGAGCACACAGAUGGGCACGUCAGUGUGUUGUCUGCAGCUGAC